GCAUUCACACGCAUGUGGACAGAUCUCACUGCAAACGCCGUAGGCUCAGACAGAGACACACAACGCCGCAGGUAUGGAGCAGCCGGUGGACAUGGACCGCGGCUUCUUCAGGAAAGUGGACGUUCCCGAUCAUGCACACUACAUAGUGGCGUUUUUCGUGGCCGUCAUCGGGGCAGUGGGAGUGAUCGGAAACAUGCUGGUCAUGUAUGCCUUCUUCAGUAAUAAGAAGCUACAGACGCCUCCAAACUACUUCAUCAUGAAUCUGGCAGUGAGUGACUUCCUCAUGGCCAUCACUCAGUCGCCCAUCUUCUUCGUCAACUGCAUGUACAAGGAAUGGGUUUUCGGUGAAAUGGGUUGUAAGAUGUACGCCUUCUGUGGUGCACUGUUCGGAAUCACAUCCAUGAUCAACCUUCUGGCCAUUUCCAUCGACCGCUACAUCGUGAUCACCAAGCCCCUGCAGGCCAUCCGCUGGACGUCCGGACGGCGCACGCUCAUUAUCAUCCUCCUGGUCUGGAUCUACUCUCUGUGCUGGAGUCUGGCGCCUCUUAUGGGAUGGAGUUCCUACAUCCCAGAAGGCCUCAUGACGUCCUGCACGUGGGACUAUGUGACGUCCACGCCGGCGAACAAGAGCUACACCUUGAUGCUCUGCUGCUUUGUGUUCUUCAUCCCUCUUGGAAUCAUCUCUUACUGCUACUUCUUCAUGUUCCUCGCCAUUCGGAACGCAAGCAGAGAUCUGGAGAAGCUGGGCAGUCAUGUGAGGAAGACGACGCUCAUCCAGCAGCAGUCCAUAAAGACCGAGUGGAAGCUGGCGAAGAUCGCAUUUGUGGUCAUCAUUGUGUUCGUGCUGUCCUGGUCUCCGUACGCCUGCGUCACUCUCAUCGCCUGGGCAGGGUACAGCCACGUUCUCACGCCGUACUCCAAGGCAGUUCCUGCAGUGAUUGCCAAAGCAUCAGCCAUCUACAAUCCCUUCAUCUACGCCAUCAUACGCUCCAAAUACAGAGACACGCUGGCUGAGAAGGUGCCGUGUCUGCAUUUUCUUUCGCAGUCGUCCCGUAAAGACUGCAUCUCGGUGUCCAACAGCGAAUCUUCCUUCAAGGAGCCCAUGCUCAGCCGACGCUCAUCAGGGUCAAAGGUCAAGUUCCAGCGAGUCUCCUCUGUGUCCACCACAGACACGGUCUGGAGUGAUGUAGAAUUAGAUCCCGUGGACCGAAAGACUCUCAGAAACUCACAUUCAGCCAAUCUGCUGAAAGAUGAAGGAGGGAAGAUGCAAACUAAACAAGGCAAGACAAAGAACAAGAGGCGACCGGAGGAAAGCCUCAGUGAAGAGAAGCCUGCAGUCACAGAAAGCGGCUCUUUGAACGAUUGUGGCCUUGACCUGGUGUCCGAGUCCAUCAGCAUGGCCACCGUUCCUCUUCUCAUGGCCAAAAACACUCCAGGGGAGGAACAAGAGGAGAAGGAGGAGUGCAAGGAGGAACAAGAAGACAGCAAUUCUCUGAGCAACGGUCUGGCUUUUUACGAAGACGCAGAGGAGCCACAAAUCAUUAGUCGUCCCACAUCCGAGCAGACCAGAGAAGACAAAUUAAUACUUGACCUCAAGAGCCUGAACUGCUCCAGUGAGCUUCUGGAGUCUGUGGAGAAACUCCUCUCCUGAGACUGAACCGGAGACCCAGAGAUCCACUUCUUUGACAUUUGUGUUUCACUGAAGAUGCUUGAGAACCACAGUCUUCCGCUGAGAGUUUUCACAUCAGCAAGUUUAGUUGACAAAGCAAUCGGACCGCAUUACGUUGCUGCUAACAACCAAUAGGAAGAACUUGUUAUGAUGUUAUGCUUACACCCUUCAAAUAUGCUUCAACUUCACACUUCAGCCACAGUGUGUACUGUAGAAGUAGCUGAAAGAGACACAACCACUGUGCACAUUAUGAUGUGAUAUAUUGCCCUUUAUUGAAGAGUGUUCUUACGAAUAUGCAUAACAUGCGUCAUAAUGAGACUAAAAACAUUCUUAAUUCAUUUCACUAAAGGAAUGUUCCAGGUUCAAUACGAGCUGAGCUCACUCUCAGAAAAAAAGGUACAAAAGU